AGGGCAGAUUACGAUGGCCUUGUUCCCGCCUACCGACGAUCUCGCCCUCCCUUCAUCCCAAAUUCUCCGAUGCAGAGGUCAGCCUGCGACGUCAUCGCCCUUGACCCUCUCUCGCCUUGUCUGUGGUACGAAUGACAUACUGGCACCACGCCCAUGACCGCGUUUCAUCAUGUCGACUGACGUCGGUUGGCCUGCUUCCCUUGCGUGUGCGCGGGUACCGUCUAUAAAUAUUGCUCGGCCAUUGGAUGGUCCGGCCGAACCCUAUAUAGUGUACGACCCCGUGCCCCAGACCGCCGCAGACUUAUUAUAUUUCGUUGCUUUCCACCAUGUCUGAUCAGAAUCAACCCGACUCUUCCAACCCCAACAACAACCCGACUGCCCAGCAGACCCCAGAGGGAGAGUCCAAUCCCAAUCCUACCUCCCCCCAGCAGGAACAACAGGAGGACCCCUCUACCUCUCCCGCUCAAGAAGAGAAGCCUGAUCAGAGCAACCCCGAAGAUCAGAAAGAAGAUCAGUCAGAAGACAAGGAAGAAGACUCCCAACCCAAAGAAGACAAACCCAAAGAAGAAGAGCAACAACCUAAACAGGAAGAGUCUCAAGAAGAGAAACAACCCAAGCAAGAACCCGAAUCCCCCAAACCCAAACAAGAACCCCAAUCCGACGAGGAGGAGGAAGAUCCCGAACCCGAACCUCAACCCGAACCACGCCGCCACAAAUCCGCCGAAGAGCGUAAACGCCGGUCCCGACCUCCCCAGAAAAUCAGACACCAGGACGACUACUCCGAUAUGGAUAACGGCGCCGUGGAGAGACCUCGUCGUCAGCGUCGCCAGCGCCCCCAACAGCAGCAAGGCCAGGACGGUGGUCCUCUAGGUGGACUGCCCGGUGUUGGCCAGGCAGGGGAUCUCGUCCAGAACACGGCCGGGAAUGCUCUGAACGGGGUGACAGGCAGUGCAGGUAAAGCAGUAGGGGGUGUUCUUGGUGGAGGAGGUGGUGAGAAGGAUGAUGGCGGCGGCAAGGAUGAGCAAUUGCGGUUGAGACUUGAUCUGAACUUGGAUAUUGAGGUGCAAUUGAAGGCUAAGAUCCAUGGUGAUCUUACUCUGGGGUUGCUGAACUGAGGUUGUACAUGUCCGUCAAUUACGAGGAUCGGUCGAUAGAAAAGUCUUCGUCGUCUCGUCCUGAUGAUCGUUGUUGUCUUUCUGAUACCUUGUCCCCUUCCUCUCUUUGUCUUCUUCAUACAUAUGCUUGACUGUUCUUCGACACGGUCUAGAUCUGUUAUGUCCCUGUUACGUUCUGGCAUUCAAUUUUCUGUGAUGAAUGAUGAUUUGCGCGCUUCUUUUGUCUCUUCUUCAUGCAUGAGCAGCC